UUAAGUAGCAUGAUGGGAACUUCACUUCUCAUCUUCCUCUUUGUUUUGCUUCAGCUUCUUGCUAUUCUUGCUCAUGCAAGGACUUUAUCAGAGAAUUCACUGAAUGCCUUGAGACAGACUGAUAAUUUGGAGAUGCCCACGAGUCUUUCUCCUCCAUUUCCAGCAGCACAGGAGAUAACUCCAGACAGUUCCUCAUGCAACAGACUGCUCAUGAGCAUUACCCAAAUCGAGAAGCCCCCAGCAUCACCACCUCCACCCCCAUGUACACCACCUGGGCCCCUUCCAAUCACAACACUUUCUUCUCCUGCAGAGUGCUUGCACUGUAGUUGGUUCAAUUCCAUAACAACAAGUACUUCUCCUUGUCAUGGAAAGAGUUCAUCAUCUCUGGCAUCAUCAUCACUAGUACAUGAAAAGACUUCUGAUUUUAAUUAUCAUUGUACAGUAGCAGGUCUGUGUAACAUCUUCAGAAACAGAGUGGGUUUCAAGAGGCCGUCAGUUCGAUCACCACCAUCACCAAUACCAAAUAUACCUGCAUCAUCAUCGCCAAAAUCCCCACCCAGUACGAGCUUAGCUUCAUAACUGAUAUGGUACAAUAGCCUUGAGGAAGACCAGCUACAAGUCGAAGGACCCAAUGUCAUCAAGAGAGUAAUUGGACAUUAUUGUACUUCAGAACAUCUUUCUACUUUUAGAAUCUUAAGAGUAAGGGUAUCUUAUGCAGUUCUAGAAUUUUAAUGAAUGACUAGCUAUAUAAUUGGGGAAACUUGUGUUUUGGAGCUGCUAUUUGGGAAUUAUAUGGUUUUCGA